AUGUCGACCGGUGGUCCUUCAAGUCUCUACGAGGGGUACCCGAGACGUGGGGCUUCUCAACCUGGUGACGAUUCCCCGCCCGAACAUAGUGAUGGCGCUGAUGAUGUACCUAGAGGUGAUGGCGGACGCGUUCAGCCUCGUGACGAUCACAAUUGGACGGGCGCGAAUCACGCAACGGGCGAUUCAUGGCAGCAGUGGAGUGAUGGAUGGCAGCCUCGCCGAUGGGAUCACUCAUGGGGUGGCGACAGGUGGAGCUGGAACGAUUCUGGGUGGGCCCAGAGUGGCGGCUUCUGGCCUGUCCGCGAUAGGACCUGGGGCGACAACAAACAGUGGGGGUCGGACUCAACGGGGACCGGCUCAGCAGACGGAGGUCCAGAUAGGGACUCCAAGGAAUCCUCUGUGGACCAGUGGGCUCGACGAGUUUCUCUUGAUGACUCAGGGGGCCUUCCAGAUGGAACUUGGCCCGAUGGAUGGGGACCUUCGACAGAAGGCCAGGGACGAGCCGACCGUCCAAAGAGGGAGGAGGGCAGCCGAGGACCCUCAGAAAAGAUGGUGGUCCCUACCUUCUCGGGGACGACGCCUGGCAAUGGUGAUGAUCUGGGCACGUCCGCCCGCUCCUACCUGCGCCAGGUGGCAGCUUGGCGAAGGAUGACCCGCAUGAGCGAAGAUCAGCAAGCUUUGACAUUGUAUCAAAACCUCACAGAUCGUGCUUGGAUCGACGCAGAACGUCUGGACAUGGACAGGCUUGCGACCAAACAAGGCGUGGACUACCUCAUCGAAUGGGUGAAAGAUCGGUACCUGGAUGUGCAAGUCACGCAGAUCGGGCGCAGCUUGUCUGGGUUCUUCCGAGGACUACAUCGCAAAGCGCACCAAACGGUGCGCGACUACCUUGCAGAUUUCGACUGUGCCCAUGCAAGGUUGACUGAGGUCGGAUGUGUCUUACCCGAUGUGGCCGCGGCAUGGGUGUUCGUGGACCGUAUGGGCCUCGAAGAACAGGCUGAACUGAACCUCUUGGCAUCGGUGGGCAACCAAUACAGUCUUAAAGCUCUUCAACAAGCAGCCAUAGUUCAUGACAGGGGUCUCCGCAAACCAUGGGAACAGCAACCUCGUAAUCCCAAAAAGGAGUGGACGCCCCGAAAGCCCUACACCGCGAACCUCACUGGCAUUGAUGAAGGCGAAGAGCUUGGAGACGAAGGUGGCUUCGAGUCCAGCGACCAGGAGGACUGUGUCAGCGAGGAGGUGGCCCAGGACCUCUACCAGGCUUUCAUGACUCACGAAUCCGCGAAACAACGUUAUCGUGAAAACGCUAAACUUCGAGGCAGCGACCCAGACAGCCUUAAGCAAUUGGCCAGUGAAAAGCUGAAAGCCGCGAAAGCGAAGUCGUUCUGUGCAGGGUGCAAGAGGCGUGGGCAUUGGCACAAGGACGCAAUCUGCCCCCUCAAUCGAGGAGGUUCUGAGGCUACCGGCGGCAUGGCUGAUCGCGACAAGGCGGGUGCUACCACGGCGGCGACUACGGCAACUACGGCGAGGACCCAGAGCGGCAUGAUGGUCAGCAGCCAGUUCCCGUGCCAUGUCGUCCAUGUGACGUGGGAGAUUGAGGGCUACAAGAAUAGGGACCUGUUGGCCAUCACAGACACGGCGUGUUCGCGCUCCGUGGCCGGAGCGACAUGGGUGGACACUUAUUUGGCCGAGGCUCGCCGGCUUGGGUGUGAUCCACAAUUCACUUCGUGUCGAGAAGCAUUCAAGUUCGGCGCGUCGAAGAUCUUUGUUGCCAGUUAUGGGAUUAUUCUCGGGUUUGAGAUGGGUGGCUUCAAGGUGGCACUGAAGGUAGCGGUUGUGAAUGGUGACGUCCCUUUGCUUGUUUCCAGAAGCGCACUUGGGAAGAUGGGAAUGCUCUUGGACGUGGCGGAGAACCGUGCUUCUUUUAAGGCUUUGGCGGUUGAGGACCUUCUGCUUGAGACCACGGAAACAGGUCACCCAGCUUUCCAGAUCAAGCCAUCGCCACUCCCCAAGGCUUUUGUGCAGGGUCCAAACUGGGACUCCGCGGAGAUCAAGAUCUUUUCGCAGGCUGAGCAAUACAUGGGUCCGCCGGGGGUCAAGGGUGUUCUUCAUGGUGAUGGCGAUGCUGCUGGUGAUGCCUCGUCGUCUUCGGGAUCCGAGAGAUGUAUGACUAGCUGGAUGGUGUCUGUACAUGGUGACGAAGUGGGAGAUGAUGGAGUCCUACCUCAUGGAGUGCCCCCUGGAUGUAGCCAGCCAUCUAGCUAUGAGCCUAUGUUCUACCCUAAGAAGAUCGGCCCAGCUACCCGGAACAUGUUGCUCGGUGUGAACUUCAAUCCCGUAACCUUUGCUGCUUGGUGGGCUACAACUAACAUUUCGAACGACUUCUGGAUUGAGAAUGAAGAGUGCUUGGUUCGUGUGCAUGUCAUCCCUCGAAGAUCUUUCUUCAGCCCUUCUCAUUGGCGCACUCAGAACACACCCCACAAGGAGAAGUUGCUUUCAGUCCUGGGUGCUGUGCGUACCAUCAAUGCAGUCUCGUGUAAGAGCCACAAGGAGUUUCCAGCUGUGCAUGGUCUUUGGAGUGAGCCCGAUACUCCCCGCACAACGAUGGCCAAGAGAACGGACCUCUACACGUUCCCUGUGGUGACGAGAGCCAAGACGCUGUCCGAGUUCAACAAGGCCGAGCUUCUGGAGGAGGCGAAGGCCAGGAACCUCUGGGUGAACGAUCGUUGGACGACCGUGGAACUGCGGUCGGCGAUCCAAGAAGAUCGUCGCAAUCCAUCCCCCAACGACCCAGCAAAUGCGACGAAGGGCAUGGGGACGAUGACCAUCGACCAGCUCAAGACCCGUGCUAUGGAACUGGGCUACCACAUCCCCCCGUACGGCACCCGCGGCACGAUCAUGCGGAUCUUGAGGGACCAAGGGGGAAUGAACUCUCAGUCCAUUCUGGGCUUCGGGAGGUUCGCUGGGAAGGCCUUCGAGGACACGCCAGUGAGCUACAGGACGUGGGCCUUGCGCGAGGUGGAGAACAACGACAACCCGUCCGAGGACCUCGUGAUGUUCGCGAAUUGGUGGCAGGGACAGCUCCACAAGUGGAACAACAAGGUGCCGGAGAAGUCCCCGAUGGACCGGUUCGACGCGGAGACGUGCGCGACGAUUCCCUAUGUGGAGGACGCGAGCUCAACGGCAUCCUGGGAUGUACUCCAUCGAGAAUCGCUGGCGGCGCCGAUGACGCCCCAGCCCAAGGCCAAGACCGGGGGAACCAGCGAUGCCAUGGAACAGGAGACCCCACCGGAGGUCGACGAGGAGGUCCGCUUCCUGGAGGUGAUUGAGGACUACAGCGAGGACAUUGGAGAUGGAGUGCCUAACCACGGGGUGUCCUACUACAUCGAGGACAACAACGAGGAGACCGACACCGACGAUGAGGGCAACUACGACGAUUACCUCGACCACCUUGGCUUCGAUGAUGCGGCGGUGUCCUACGUGACUGAGGAGGAGCACAAUGGAGCUAGUAUAAACCUUGGAGGCAGUGGGGACGUAGUCCAACGUGAGACCCCCGGGGUACGAGAUCGUCGUAGGCGAGUUGAAGUUUGUGAAGCAAAGGCGAAAGCGAAGCUUGAGAAGGAGGAGUACGCCUUCGAGGACCUCUUGGACAUCGCGAAGCUUCUUCCUCUACGGAAACUUCGGAAAGGAAAGGCGCUCUGCCGAAGUGGAGGCCACAGCUUCGAGUACUUCUUGGGCGGCAUGUACACUCAUGGCAACAUGAAAGGUCUUUCAAAACAGAGUGGCGAGAUGCCGUGGGUAGUGAAGUACAUGAACUCCUUCAUGAAGGCCCAAGGAUAUGGGCAGUGGAGCUCCUUUGUCCUUUUUAAGAAUGCGGCAACGAGUGUUCACGCAGAUUCACACAAUUUGGCCGGAACGACGAUCAAGACUGUUUCUUUUGGGCCCUUCACCGGUGGCGAACUUUGGAUGAGCGACUUCGAUCGAGACCCGGACAUCCCGGGCACAGUGUGGAGGAAGGACGCCGCCGGGAAUGAGAUCCCGGGCUACCUCGUGGACACCAGACACCAGGUUUACGCCUUCGACGGGAAGGCCAAGCACGCAACUCAGCCUUGGUCUGGGGAGCGGUGGGCGCUCUCACUGUACACUACGAGGGGAUACCAGGAGAGCACGGCCGCCCUCAGAGAUCAACUUCGAGAACUUCGUUUUCCUCUACGUGGACUUCCUCUCCUUCCUGAAGUCCAUGGACAAGCCCAAAGGAAGUUUGUACGACCCGUGAAGAGCAUGCGCAAGAGUUUGUGGAAGAAGGCGAGCAGGCUGGCAGCCCUGACUACCUGGUGUGCCACGGCGGGGUUGUCCUGCACAGCUGAAGCUUUUCCUUUGACGAGGGGAAGAGAAGCCGUGGCUCUAUACGAAAUUGGUGGAGUGGAAAAGACCCUCGAGGUGACCAGUCUGGACUACCUUGUGGCAGAGCCGAUCGACAACCUCUACAUCCUCACGACCACGUCCGUCUCCGAGACCGUCCAAAGCACGAUCCGUGAGUUCACCCCCGCGGUGGUUUGGGUUCACGGCGACAAGGCCAUGGGCUACUUGGACGGCAUCUACGACCACCUUUGCGAGCACGUCGACAAAGGACGACAACUAGCAGUCAAGGCACCACCUGGAGAUCCUUGCUGGGAGUCUCCCGGGCUCAACAGGAUCCUGAGGCGUUAUGAGGGUGCGUGGCGUUACCGGGAACAAGAACCAGACGUCAUCCGUGUGAACGACAUCUUCUACUACCAGGACAACGCCACCGACGGCCACGCGAUAUCCCAGUUCGACGCCUACGUUGCCGACCAUACGGCCGACGGAGCAGGAGAGGACAGUGAAGGUAUACCUACGAAGAUCGGAGCUGAAGCAAUCUCCUUUGAGAAGGGCAAGAACCUGGCACCGGAGGUCAAGUCAUCCCUCCGGAGACUCCACCAGAAUCUUGGACACCCGUCCAACAUCGACCUAGCACGCCAUCUCCGACUGGCUGGGGCCGACCCCGUGGUGAUUGAUGCUUGCAAACGACUUCGUUGUCAAGUAUGCCAGAGGAACAAGAGAGGCAGCGCCCCGAAGCCAGCCUCUUUGCCUACCCUGCUCGAGUUCAACCAGGUCGUUGCUGUGGACGCUUUUUACGUUUACGACUGCGAGGGCACCAAGGUCGAGCUGAUGAUGGCCAUCGACGUUGGUACAGGCUUUGCACUUGCUGGAGAACUUCAGGGGCAUUCAACCCUGACCAUGGAGGCUACUUUCUGCUCACUAUGGAGUAACACUUUUGGGGCUCCCGGCACGUUGGUGGUGGAUCUGGAGUCAGGUCUACAAGCAGGCUUGGGACGCUACAGCGAAUGGCAUGGCACCUUCAUCCGUCCUAUUGCGGGACAGGCCCAUUGGCAGAACGGCACAGUCGAAAGAGCGACUCGGACCUGGAAGGAAGUUUGGGUGAAACUUGUGGACGAGAGGUCGGCUAAUGCCGACGAAGCAAACAUGGUGAUCACUGCGGUCAACAGCGCGAUGAAUACCCUGCGGCGUGAAUCGGGAUUCAGCCCGUCCCAGGCUGUAUGGGGAAGAGAUCCGAAACUCCCUGAGGAUGUUCACCACUCCUUCCAGGACGACCACGUGGAGCACAUUAUCAGCCGCGACCGCCAACGAGCCCGUGAGCAUACAUUGCGGAUAGCAGCCAAGGAGUGCUAUUAUAGAUGCCGGAACGAUGCGAAGCUACGGAAGGGGCUACUUCAACGAUCACGAGUCGCCGGACCCGACCUUCAAGUGGGGUGUCACGUGUUCUUCUACCGGAAGCCCAAGAACAACAAGAACUGGGUUUGGCAUGGACCGGGUAUCAUCAUUGGACAAGAGGGGCCCAAUCACUGGGUUUCUUUCUCGGGGAGAUGCCACCUGGUCGCUCCGGAACACCUGAGGAUGGCAAGCGGAGAGGAACUUGGAGCAGCCUUUGCUCUAAGGGCCACAAAGGAGGACCUCGAGAGACUUCUGGAUCAGGACUUCGGUGAGGAAGUUCUUUUCGAGGACGACGGCAACGAGAUGGAGGUGGACCCAGAACUACCCCCUGGUGAUGAUCAAGAUCUUCCUGACGGAGAUGGUCGUGCCGAAGCAAGCAGAAGGAAGCCAGAGGCUGCAUCGUCCGCCCCUGUGCCAAAGCGGUACAGGACCAAGGGCCCCCAGGAGCUGGAGUCCCACGACCCCACGCACGACACCUAUAUGAUGAAGAUGGCGAAGACUCCGCGAG